AUGUUAACUGAGCCCAAGUUAACGAACACUUUGCCGAAUUUCGGCAAACCACCAGAUAAACAAAAUCACCUACUACAAACUUUGGGAACACCACAUAUUGAAUCUUUUAAUUAUAUGUUGGAAGAUGGCCUUUUUGAAGGUUUAAAAGAUACCUCACCAGUAUACUUUGUUCUUCCUAAUGAUGACAAAGUAGCUCUAUGGUUGGAUGAUGUAUGCAUCUACCAACCUACCGUGCCUACUGGUGCAAUUGGUGUAAAGAAUUACAAAAUAUAUCCAGCUGAAUGUCGUCAAAGAGGUAGUACUUAUAAGGGUAAAAUAACAGUAAAGCUAGGCUGGUCAAUCAAUGGUGUACAACAGGAAACUCUCGAAAAAGAUUUGGGAGAGGUUCCAAUUAUGCUGAAGUCCAAUCGAUGUCACUUGAACAAAAUGAACCCCAAGCAAUUAGUUGAACAUGGUGAACAUGAGCAAGAAUGGGGAGGUUAUUUUGUAAUUAAAGGAUUGGAGCGAAUUGUACGAAUGUUAUUGAUGACAAGACGAAAUUAUCCUAUUGCCAUUAAGAGAUCAGGAUGGAAGGGUCGUGGUAUACAAUUUAGUGAUCUUGGUAUUCUUCUGAGAACUGUUCGAGAUGACAAUACUGCUACAACUAAUGUACUGCAUUAUGUGAUGGAUGGCUCUGCUAAAUUUAUGUUUAUGUAUAAGAAGACUUUAUACUAUGUGCCAUUGAUACUGAUAUUGAAGUGUUUAAUAGAUGUUACCGACUUGUACAUUUACAAUGCAUUGAUUGCUGGAUAUGAGGAUGAUCUCUAUUAUAAGAGCUGUAUUAUGAACAUGUUGCGCGAGAUUCACGAAAAAGAUCUGCAUUCCCAUGAGCAAUGUAAAGCAUACAUCGGAAAAAUCUUUAAAGUAAAAUUUUUUGAGAUGCCACCAGAUGCAACUGAUAUUGACAUUUGUGAUUACAUUAUCAAAUAUUGCGUUGCUAUCCAUCUGGAUGAGCCUGCUGACAAAUUCCAAUUGCUUGUGUUUAUGACGAAGAAACUGUUUGCUCUUGCCAACAAUAAAUGCGCCGUCGAAGGUGCAGACGGCGUAAUGAUGCAGGAAUGUUUACUGGGCGGUCAUUUGUAUCUACAAGUUAUCAAAGAGAAGCUGAUGUCGUGGCUGACAUCGCUGAAAAUUUCUAUUCUUAAACGUGCCAAAAGUGCCGGUAAUAGGUACACUUUAACUGUGCAGGAAAUGUUAAAUGCUAGUAAAUUCGGGAGCAAUAUCGAUGCACAAAUGGAGAAUUUCUUGUCUACCGGGAAUAUAAAGUCGUCCACUGGUCUGGGUUUGAUGCAGAGCACUGGUUUGACGAUCGUUGCGGAGAAUAUCAAUAGGAUGCGUUACAUGAGUCAUUUUCGUGCGAUACACAGAGGCUCGUUCUUCCAAGAAAUGAGGACUACUGAGGCUAGGCAGCUGUUGCCUGACGCUUGGGGAUUCAUCUGCCCAGUCCAUACGCCAGACGGGGCUCCUUGCGGGCUGCUUAAUCAUUUGACGCUGAAUUGUAUCAUUACAAAACUCCCGGAUCGCAAAUUGAAGGCUGCGAUACCGACGGUGCUGGUGGAUCUGGGCAUGAUUCCGUUGUCUAUUGCGGAUAAUUGGAAGAACUCGCACACGGUAAUGCUGGAUGGAAAAAUGAUUGGCCUGAUCAACGAUGACAUCGUUAAGAAAGUAGUUUUCAAACUGAGAGAGUUGAAGAUAAAUGGCGAGGAGGUGCCAAAUACAUUAGAGAUCGCGCUAGUGCCGAAAAAGGAUGUCCCAGCUCAAUAUCCAGGCCUGUAUCUCUUCACCAAUGCGGCCAGGAUGAUGAGACCGGUAAUCAAUUUGGCUAUGCAAAAAGUUGAACUAAUUGGAACGUUCGAGCAAGUUUACUUAGAUAUUUGCGUGCUCCCCGAAGAAGCUUAUAGUGAAUUGACAACUCAUCAGGAAUUAAGUAGUACGACCAUUCUCAGCAAUCUGGCGUCUCUCAUCCCGUUGCCGGAUUGCAAUCAAAGUCCAAGGAAUAUGUAUCAAUGUCAGAUGGGGAAACAAACGAUGGGUACACCGUGUCAUAAUUGGCAAAUGCAGUCGCAAGUCAAGAUGUAUAGGCUGCAAACGCCCGCGGCGCCACUCUUCAGACCGGUGCACUAUGAUAAUAUCAAUAUGGAUGAUUUCGCGAUGGGAACCAACGCGAUAAUUGCAGUUAUUUCAUAUACGGGAUACGACAUGGAAGAUGCGAUGGUUAUCAACAAGGCGGCGGAAGACCGCGGUUUUGCACACGGAUCGAUGUAUAAGUCCGAGUUCGUUGAUUUGCAAGAUCAACGAAGUUAUUUCGCUCGCGAUCCGAAUAAAUCUUUUCUGGCAGAAACGCUGGACGUCGAUGGUCUGCCCAUUGUGGGUAUUCGUAUCAAAGAGGAUGAUAUAUAUUAUUGUUAUUACGACGCUGACCAGUCCAUCUAUAUCACCGGGAAAUAUCAUGGCAAGGAGAAUGCCUACAUCGACAACGUGAAACUGUGCGGCACGUUAAACAGUAAAAAUCCACAAAGAGCGUGCAUCACCUUCCGUAUUCCCAGAAAUCCCAAUGUUGGCGAUAAAUUUGCGUCACGAGCAGGACAGAAAGGUAUCUGCUCGCAGAAGUGGCCCGCAGAGGACUUGCCCUUCACGGAAUCUGGUUUGAUACCCGACAUUAUAUUCAAUCCUCACGGUUUUCCAAGUCGUAUGACAAUAGCUAUGAUGAUCGAGGUGUUGGCCGGCAAAUCGGCCGCUGUACACGGACUGGUUCACGACGCCACGCCGUUCAGAUUUGAUGAAGACAACACGGCGAUAGAUUAUUUCGGAAAGCUGUUGGAACACGCUGGUUACAAUUAUUACGGGAACGAAAGAAUGUAUUCCGGCGUGGACGGACGCGAGAUGACCUGUGAUAUCUUCUUCGGCGUUGUGCAUUAUCAGAGAUUACGACACAUGGUUUCUGAUAAGUGGCAGGUGAGAAGUACUGGUCCGAUCGAUCUCCUCACGAGACAACCCAUUAAAGGUCGCCGACGAGGUGGCGGUGUCCGAUUCGGUGAGAUGGAGCGGGACGCUUUGAUCUCUCACGGCUGCGCAUACCUUCUUCAGGACCGUCUCUUUCAUUGCUCCGACAAAAUGAACACGUUGGUUUGCCAAUCGUGCGGUACAUUGCUCGGGCCAGUUACGGAAGUCUUUGGCUAUGAAAGGAGCACCAAGUGCCGUCUUUGCGGUAAUGAAGAUUCUAUAAAAAAUAUUGAAAUGCCGUAUAUCUUCAGGUUUCUCGUGACUCAGCUCGCAUCUUGCAACAUUAAUAUUAAAGUACAAUUUAAUAAAGUAUAAUCGCAACAUCUAUUGUAUGUA